CUUCCAACUGCAGCCUGUGGCAGCGCCAUUUUGAAUGUCCGGCUGCCGCGGGCCAGGGUUGGAGGAGGCAGGGCUGCUGCUGGUUCGCCUGUCUUGCCGUCUGCGAUUUUUCUUAUUUCAUUUCCAAAGAUACACGUAGAGACGUAUACGUGUGUACAGACCGACCCGUAUCCGGUAUCCGAGGCGAACUCCCUAAGAUGAUGUUAAGAGGAAACCUGAAGCAAGUGCGCAUUGAGAAGAACCCGGCCCGCCUUCGCGCCCUCGAGUCCGCGGCGGGCGAGAGCGAGCCGGCGGCCGCGGCGGCCAUGGCGCUCGCGCUGGCGGGGGAUCCGGCGCAGCCCGCCCCCGCGCCCCCGGAGGACCACCCGGACGAGGAGAUGGGGUUCACCAUCGACAUCAAGAGUUUCCUCAAGCCGGGCGAGAAGACGUACACGCAGCGCUGCCGCCUCUUCGUGGGAAACCUGCCCACCGACAUCACCGAGGAGGACUUCAAGAGGCUCUUCGAGCGCUAUGGUGAGCCCAGCGAGGUCUUCAUCAACCGGGACCGUGGCUUCGGCUUCAUCCGCUUGGAAUCCAGAACCCUGGCUGAAAUUGCAAAAGCAGAGCUGGAUGGCACCAUUUUGAAGAGCAGACCUCUCCGAAUUCGUUUUGCUACACAUGGAGCAGCUCUAACUGUAAAGAACCUUUCUCCAGUUGUUUCCAAUGAGCUUCUAGAGCAAGCAUUUUCCCAGUUUGGCCCAGUAGAGAAAGCUGUUGUGGUUGUGGAUGAUCGUGGCAGAGCUACAGGAAAAGGUUUCGUAGAAUUUGCAGCAAAACCUCCUGCUCGAAAGGCUCUUGAAAGAUGUGGUGAUGGGGCAUUCCUGCUAACAACGACCCCUCGUCCAGUCAUUGUGGAGCCCAUGGAGCAGUUUGAUGAUGAAGAUGGCUUGCCAGAGAAGCUGAUGCAGAAAACACAACAAUAUCAUAAGGAAAGAGAACAGCCACCACGUUUUGCUCAACCUGGGACAUUUGAAUUUGAGUAUGCAUCUCGAUGGAAGGCUCUUGAUGAGAUGGAAAAGCAGCAGCGUGAGCAAGUUGAUAGAAACAUCAGAGAAGCCAAAGAGAAACUGGAGGCAGAAAUGGAAGCUGCUAGGCAUGAACACCAGUUAAUGCUAAUGAGGCAAGAUUUAAUGAGACGUCAAGAAGAACUCAGACGCUUGGAAGAACUCAGAAACCAAGAACUGCAAAAACGGAAGCAAAUACAACUGAGGCAUGAAGAAGAACAUCGUCGGCGUGAGGAAGAAAUGAUCCGACACAGAGAACAGGAGGAACUGAGGCGACAGCAAGAGGGCUUUAAACCAAACUAUAUGGAAAAUAGAGAACAGGAAAUGAGAAUGGGUGAUAUGGGUCCCCGUGGAGCAAUAAACAUGGGAGAUGCGUUUAGCCCAGCACCUGCUGGUAACCAAGGUCCUCCUCCAAUGAUGGGUAUGAAUAUGAACAACAGAGGAACUAUACCUGGCCCACCAAUGGGUCCUGGUCCUGCCAUGGGACCAGAAGGAGCUGCAAAUAUGGGAACUCCAAUGAUGCCAGAUAAUGGAGCAGUGCACAAUGAUAGAUUUCCCCAAGGGCCACCAUCUCAGAUGGGCUCACCUAUGGGGAGUAGAACAGGUUCUGAAACCCCUCAAGCACCAAUGAGUGGUGUGGGUCCUGUGAGUGGUGGUCCUGCUGCCUUUGGUAGAGGAAGUCAAGGGGCCAACUUUGAAGGCCCUAAUAAGCGUCGUAGAUACUAAACAUUCUUUCAUUCCUGGCAAUAUAGAAAAAAAAAGUCAGUGGUAUGCCUUUAUACUUUAUCUGUUACCUGGAAGAAAUGGUUUUAUUGUUAAUGUAUGUAGACUUAAAGUUUUUUUUUGUAAAACUUGAGGUUUUUGUAUUUUUCUUUAUUCAUAAGCUUUGUAGAUUAGAAUGGUAAUGAUGAUGCUCAUCAUUUUGAAUGUUAAAAUGUGUUUGUGACUUUAGCUAAAUAUAAGUAUGCCAUAGUACUGUGAAAUCUAUGUAGUUACUUAAUCUCAAUAAAGAAAUCAUUUUGGAUAAUUUAAAAA